AUGGAUGAUUCAAGUUUGGAGAUUGGUAACGACUUGUACAAGCCACAGAAGCGUAUAUUGACGUUUCUUUUUGGCAAAAAGUUUUAUCCUAUACCUAAAGAUGACAGUGAACGCAAAGUUUAUCCAGAACAAUCGAGUAAUAUCUUGUACCGAGUGUUUUUUUGGUGGGUUUCACCAUUGAUGACAAUUGGGUAUACUAGAACAUUACAGCCAAAUGAUUUAUGGAUCUUGACUGAAGAUAUGAAGGUGGAACAUUUUUACAAUUACUUUGUCACUUAUUUACAACUUGAAACUGAACGUGCUCAUCUUAACCAUAUUGCCAAUAAAUGCAAAGAACGUGAUGAAACUCCUGAAACUACCACAGUAACACGCGAGGAGGAUUUGCAAGAUUUUGUUUUAUCGCCAAUGAAUAUUGCAUCCAUCUUGUUUCUCACAUUCAAACGUCAAAUUUUGAUUAGUUUGAUUCUUGCUAUUUUUGCCUUGAGUGGAAUUGCUUGCUCCCCAUUAUUGACUAAAGAGUUGAUCAAUUUUGUUGAAAGAAGAAGUUUGGGGUUGAAUACAAACAUUGGUCAGGGAAUUGGUUACUCUCUUGGAGUUGUGUUUAUGAUGCUUUUCAGUAAUUUAAUGUUUAAUCAUUUCAUGUAUAUCGGUCAACUGAUGGGUGCACUAGUCAAAGCUUUAUUAACAAAGGCGGUGUUGAACAAGGCUUUCAAAUUCAAUGCUGAAUCGCGUCAUAAGUUUCCUCAGAGUAAAUUGACCAGUAUUAUCACUACUGACUUAUCACGAGUGGAGAUUGCUUGUAUGUUUCAACCAUUGUUGUUGUGUUUACCUGUCCCCAUUGCUAUUGCAAUUGUCAUAUUAGUAGUCAACAUUCGUGUUUCUGCUGUCAUUGGUAUUGUCAUUUUCAUCAUCUUUUUGGGAUGCAUUUCAUUUGGUGCCAAAAAACUUUUUGCUUACAGAGAUGCUGUUAGCAAAAUAACUGAUAAACGUGUCAAUUUCAUGAAGGAGAUUUUAAACAAUUUGAAAAUGAUCAAGUUUUAUCUGUGGGAACAUCCAUAUCAUGAAAAUGUUCGCAAAAUCCGUGGUGAAGAAGUUGAUAUGAUUUUAAAGAUUCAAACUUUGAGAAAUGUCAUUUUCUCAUUGGCAAUGACGUUGACUGGUAUUUGUUCCAUGAUUGCAUUUGUCAUAUUGUAUGCCAUUCAAGGAUCAACUAGUUCUCCUGCAAAAAUCUUUUCGUCUGUUUCAACGUUUGAGAUUUUAGGUUUGAUGGUGUUUUUUAUACCACAAGCAUUGGCUACUACUGCGGAUAUGAUUAAUGGGUUUAAACGGGUUGGGGCUAUUUUAUCUGCUGGUGAGGAUAAGCCUUUUGAAGGGUAUCAUGUGUUUAAUGAUGAGAUAGACAAAAAGGCCAUUGCAUUGAAGGACGCUAGCUUUAGCUGGGAUGUAUUUGAAGAUGAAGAAGAGGAAGAAGAGGGAGAAGCAGAGAAGAAGAAGAAGGAGGAGAAGGGGGAGAAGGGGAAGAAAGGGAAGAGCAUAUUUAAGAAGUUCAAGAAAAAGGGAAAGAAGGACUCGAACAUUGCAAGCUCCACUUCACUGAACGAUAUGGAAUUAAGUAUUUUGCAAAAACCCAACACAGAUAAGCAAAAAAGAACCGAUGUUGAAGAAGAGGGUACAAACUUUGUUGGUUUGAAAAACUUGAAUCUCACUAUCAAUAAGGGAGAAUUCAUUGUCAUAACCGGAUUAGUUGGUUCCGGUAAAUCAUCAUUACUUAGUGCCAUUUCUGGAUUCAUGACAUGUGAUGCCGGUGAAGUUGAUAUUAAUGGGGCUUUAUUGCUUUGUGGUGCCCCCUGGAUCCAAAACAACACAAUAAGAGAAAACAUUGUCUUUGGUAAACCGUUUGAUCAGGAAUUUUACGAUAAAGUCAUAUACUCGUGCGCAUUAAAUAUUGAUUUAGAUACAUUGGAAGGUGGAGAUCACACUGAGGUUGGAGAAAAGGGAAUCACCCUAUCAGGUGGUCAAAAAGCUAGAAUCAAUUUAGCACGUGCUGUCUAUGCCAAUAAGGAGAUAAUUCUAAUGGAUGAUGUCUUGAGCGCUGUUGAUGCCAGAGUUGGAAAACAUAUCCUCAAUAAUUGCUUUUUGGGUCUUUUGAGUAACAAGACUAGAGUGUUGGCAACACAUCAAUUGUCUUUGAUUGGACAAGCUGAUCGGAUUGUAUUCUUGAAUGGGGACGGAUCUAUUGAUGUGGGUAAAAUGGAUGAAUUGGUCGAAAGAAAUAGAGACUUUAAUCAAUUGAUGAAAUUUAGUAAACUUGAAGAUAUUGAAGAAGAUUUAGAGCAAGAAGAAAUCAUCGAGGAGAUUGACUUAGGAAACAAGGAAACAAAGACUGAAUUGGUUCCAGCAUUUCUGACUGGAGUUACUGACACAUCUCAAGAAUUGACAAGACGGAGAACAAACUAUAAAUUUGAUAGCGACAACAGUGAUGGUUAUGAUGAUGACGAAUACAAGGAUUACAAUCACAACAAGGAUGCAUCAAAGGGUAAAAUCAUUACUGAAGAAGAACGUGCUGUAAACAGUAUCAAGUUUGAAGUUUACAACAAGUAUUUGAAGUAUGGUGCUGGAAAAUUGACCCCUUGGGGAUUCUUUGCCAUAUUUGCUGUUCUUCUAACGAUUGCCACAUUUUGUGAUAUCUUCACCAACACGUGGUUAUCAUUUUGGAUUUCGCAAAAGUUUCCAGGUAAAUCAAGUGGGUUUUACAUUGGAUUUUACGUCAUGUUUAAUAUCUUGUGGGUUAUUUUCUUAACAUACACAUUUGUGUUUUUCAUUCAUGGGACUACAGUGUCUUCAAAACACUUGAAUUUGAUGGCAAUAAAAAGAAUUCUUCAUGCACCGAUGUCAUUUAUGGACACCACACCAAUGGGAAGAAUAUUGAAUCGUUUCACCAAAGAUACUGAUGCGUUGGAUAAUGAAAUUAGCGACAAUUUGCGUCUUUUUUUUACAGCGAUUGCCAAAAUGAUUGGUGUUUUCAUUUUGAUUAUCAUUUACUUACCAUGGUUUGCUUGUGCUAUACCUGGUAUAUUUAUCAUGUUUUUCUUGAUUGCCAAUUUUUAUCAAGCAUCAAAUCGAGAAGUUAAACGAUUGGAAGCUAUUUUGAGAUCGUUUGUGUACAACAAUGUCAAUGAAGUGUUGAGUGGAAUGAAUACAAUUAAAGCCUAUAAGGAUGAACCAAGAUUUACCGAGUUGGGAGACUUGUUACUAAACAAAGCAAAUGAAGCUUCAUUUGUGGUUAAUGCUAAUCAGAAGUGGUUGGGAAUACAAUUGGAUAUCCUUGCUGAGAUUAUUGUAUUGAUUGUGUCGUUGUUGUGUGUGAAUCGGGUAUUUUCAAUCAAUGCAGCAGCAGUUGGGUUAUUGAUGACUUAUACAUUGCAAGUUGCCAAUGAAUUGUUGAAUUUAGUGAGAACAUUUACCCUUGUUGAAAAUGACAUGAACUCAGCUGAAAGAAUUAUCCACUAUGCAUUGAAAGUUGAUCAAGAAGCUCCUUAUGUUAUUGAUUCCAAUAAACCACCGGCUGAUUGGCCACAGUAUGGGGCUGUUGAGUUUUCCCAUGUGAAUAUGAAGUAUAGACCCGGAUUACCCUUGGUUUUGAAAGAUUUUUCACUAAAUAUUUCACCCAUGGAGAAAAUUGGCAUCUGUGGUCGAACUGGAGCUGGUAAAUCAUCAAUUAUGACCGCAUUGUAUCGAAUUUCCGAAUUGGAUAAUGGGUCAAUAAUCAUUGAUAAUAUUGAUAUUUCCACCAUCGGUUUGAAAGAUUUACGAUCACACUUAUCAAUUAUCCCACAAGAUCCCGUUUUGUUUAAUGGGACUAUUCGAUCCAACUUGGAUCCAUUUGGCGAGCAAGAAGAUGAAGUCUUGUGGGAGUCGCUUCGUCGAUCAGGUGUUUUAACAGCAGAAGAAGUUGCCAAAGCCAAAUCCAUAUCCAAGGACACCAUCACCUCUGGGGACUGUGAAGUUGAAUUACCCAAAUUCCACUUGUACCAACCAGUUGAAGAUGAAGGUGAAAACUUUUCACUUGGUGAACGACAAUUGAUUUCAUUUGCACGAGCAUUGGUUCGUAAUGCCAAAAUCAUUAUUCUUGAUGAAGCUACUUCCUCAGUUGAUUAUGGAACUGAUGACAAGAUCCAAACUACCAUUGCUGAAGAAUUCAAACAAUGCACUAUUUUGUGUAUUGCUCAUCGUUUAAAAACAAUAAUCAAUUAUGACAAGAUUUUGGUUAUGGAUAAAGGAUCGGUGAGAGAGUUUGACACACCUUGGAAUUUGUAUAAUUCAAAUGGUAGUGUAUUUAGAGAAAUGUGUGAAAAGUCCAACAUUGUUGCUGAUGAUUUCAAGAGGAGGUGA